GGACUUUGCCUGCUCCCUGUAGAGUGUGACCGCUGCCCAUUGGCAUCUCCCUGCGCUAUCCAGCUCCGCCACUUAACACUCGCUGUGCUCCUCAGCGUCCAGCACUCGACACAGAGUAACCACCGCUCCCUGCUCUCCAGCCACGAUCCCACGCCAGGCUUUCCUCCACGCUCCCUGCCUUCCCCUUCAGCUGCAGCUGGCAGCUGCUCAGGAGUGCUCUGGCUCCACAGCUGGGCGAUUUCACAACACAGGGCUUUGGCCAGACAGGCGGCAGUUUCCCUCCAGCCUGCUGCAGCGACGGCAACAGCUCUGCUAAGACCACAUGGCCACUUCUGGAAAAGUUAUCAGAUGCAGAGCUGCUGUUGCCUGGGCUGCAGGCAAGCCACUCUCUGUUGAGGAGGUGGAAGUUGCGCCUCCAAAAGCAGGUGAAGUCCGUAUCAAGAUUGUGGCCACCGGCAUCUGCCGCACAGACAGCCACGUUUUGGAAGGUUGCUUUCCUAAUGUGGAUUUCCCAGUUAUCCCAGGCCACGAGGGAGCUGGGAUUGUGGAAAGCAUUGGAGAAGGAGUGACCUCUGUGAAACCAGGAGACAAAGUCAUCCCCCUUUGCCUUCCACAGUGUGGGGAAUGCAGCUUCUGCCUGGAUCCCGAAUCCAACUACUGCCUGAAGUCCCAUGCCUCUGAACCACAAAACCUGCUGCCUGACAAGACCAGCCGGUUCACUUGCAAAGGGAAGCAGAUCCACCACUUCCUAUGGGUCAGCACCUUUGCAGAAUACACCGUGAUCCCAGAGUACGCCGUUGCCAAGAUAGACGUUGCUGCACCUCUGGACAAAGUCUGCUUGCUUGGCUGUGGGUUUUCCACAGGCUACGGGGCUGCCAUCAACACUGCCAAGGUAAAACCAGGCUCCACCUGUGCCAUCUUCGGUGUUGGAGGAGUUGGUCUUUCUGUUGUCAUGGGCUGCAAAGCAGCUGGAGCUUCCCGAAUCAUUGCCAUCGAUAUCAACAAGGACAAGUUUGCAAAGGCCAAGGAGCUGGGAGCCACCGACUGCAUCAGUCCUCAGGACUUCAAGAAGCCCAUCCAGGAGGUGCUCAUUGAGAUGACUGGACACGGUGUAGACUACUCCUUUGAGGUCAUCGGGCAUGUGGAUACCAUAACUGCUGCCCUGGCAUCCUGCAAGAUGAGCACUGGCGUCUCUGUGGUGAUUGGGAUACCAGCUUCUGGUUCAGUGAUUUCCGUCAAUCCUGUGCUCCUGCUGUCUGGGCGUACAUGGAAGGCAACUGUGCUCGGAGGUUGGAAGAUGAGAGAUUGCAUCCCCAAAUUAGUUUCCAGCUAUUUGGAGAAGAAAUUCAACUCAGACUUGCUGAUCACACACACACUGCCAAUCACUAAAGUGAAUGAGGGAUUUGAGUUGUUACAUGCAGGAAAAAGUAUUCGUAGUGUCCUGCUCUUUUGAAGGACGCAGCCAUGGGAGGCCAAGCGGAGGGACCAGCGCAGCACACCACCUCUCUUCUCAACCAGCACCUCACUUUGUGGGGCACAAGGAGACAACAACGAGCUGACGCUGGUGCCACUGCCAGUGCUCCCCACCCAGCUGAGACCUAGAAGGAUGCCUCUCUCAAGAAAAUACUUUUACCAAUAAAAGCUUUCAGUCAAACUCA